AUGGGAUCCCUAUCUUCUGUUGCAUCGAAUGCCAUCAUUUGGCCGACAUAUAUUGUUAUGCUCGUGAGUGCAUCUGCCAUAGCAUAUUGGAAACAUGAUUCCAAGACGUUUUUAUCGGCAAAUGGCAGCCAACGAGCAGUACCGCUCGCGCUGAACUUUAUAGCAUCAGGUGUGGGAUGCAGCGUGCUUGUUGCAUAUCCAGAAAUGGCUAAUGUAGCCGGUUUGCAGGGGUUACUUGUUUAUGCAUUGACCUCUGCACUUCCGAUGUAUGUUUUUGCAGUUUUUGGGCCUCAGAUCAAGAAGAAAUGCCCAAACGGGUUCAUGUUGACUGAAUGGGUUUUCCAGAGGUACGGGACUGUUGCAGGGUUAUAUUUGAGUGCAUGUACGAUUUUGACGUUGUUCUUAUUUAUGGUUUCUGAGAUUGCGUCUUUGAAACAGGCGGUGGAAACGUUGACUAAAGGAGGUGGUCUGGCGGUUGUGAUUGUUGAAUGUGUUGUGACAACUAUCUACACAACUAUUGGUGGCUUCAAUAUCUCGUUCAUAACGGACUCACUGCAAACUCUGGUGUUUUUGUUCAUUUGGAUUAUCAGUGCUAUUGCUUUCGGUUGCUAUGUCAAGGUUGACCGCUCACUAAUAGAGCCUUCUGGGCUCUUGAAACCAACAAGGUUAGGCUGGCAACUAAUAUACAUCUUGACAGUGGCCAUAUUUACGAAUGACUUUUUCCUCUCCGGGUUUUGGUUACGUACAUUUGCCGCUAAGAGUGAUAAGGACUUGCUAAUCGGGUGUUCAUUGGCUGCAGGUAUUUUGGUGUUCUUCUUCGUGGUAGUUGGAUUCACAGGAAUCCUCGCUGUGUGGGGCGGUUAUGUACCCAUCGGAAGUGAAGAUCCAGGCUCGGCUUUUUUUGUACUAUUAUCUGAACUACCAUCAUGGAUUAUGGGAUUGGUCUUAACAUUCGUUCUAGUGUUAUCCACAUGUACUCUAGAUUCGCUGCAGAGUGCCUUGGUAUCUACAAUUUCGAAUGACUUAUUUAAGAACAAGCUUCCUCUAAUGUACACCAGAGCAAUUGUAGGGAUAGUUAUGAUCCCUGUUGUGAUUGUUGGAUUGAUUGCAACUGAUGUACUAACUAUCUUUCUUAUUGUUGACUUAUUGUCUUCUGCUGUCGUCCCCGUCUUGAUGCUAGGACUUUGGUCCAAGAUGGACUUCCUCACCGCUUGGGAAAUCAUUGGAGGUGGUCUCGGAGGUCUCUUUUGCGUCUUUUUAUUCGGCACUGCAUACUACGGCAACACUCGAGAUGGUGGAAGGUUACUAUUGAUUUCCGAUGGUCUAUAUAAAAAUGACUGGGGUGCCUUUGGAGCGAUGGUGGCCGCUCCCUUUGGCAGUCUGCUGGUAGGUUUCUCGAUCCUAGCCAUACGUUCUGCAGUCAUCUACUUACGAUGCAGGACAACGAAAAAACCUUUCACAGUCUUCACAAGAAAAAUAGUAUACCAUGACCAAAUUUACUCCAAACAAGACGAUGUUUCCAUAACAUCAAAGUCUCCUCGGGGUUGUCACUAA